ACUCCGUGUCACGACGGGAGGAGACUCAGGCCGGCCGCGCUCCCGCCCCCAACCCCCGUCCCUGGCUCGUCGCGGCGCUCGGAGCCCCCUCCCCAGCGCCCCCAGCCUCAGGGCCACUUGCUCAGACUCGCACCAAACUUUUCCGCCCUGGGCUCGCGAUCCUGGACUCUGGGGCCUCCCUGCCCGCCCCUUUCCCCGGUUCCUUCUCGAGCCUCGCUCUGGACUAGCAUUCCUCCUUCCCGCGUCCCUCCCUCUCUCUCCAGCCUUUCUGGGGAGGGGCUGUCCACGCUCCGGGGAGUUUCCGAGGGUCGCCAGCGCGGAGCUUGCCUUUCUAUUUCGCCUUCACCUGGAUAUAAUUUCCAAGCGAAGCUGUCCCCAGGAUGACCACGCUGGCCGGAGCUGUGCCCAGGAUGAUGCGGCCGGGCCCGGGGCAGAACUACCCGCGCAGCGGCUUCCCUCUGGAAGUGUCCACUCCCCUCGGCCAGGGCCGCGUCAACCAGCUUGGCGGUGUAUUUAUCAACGGCAGGCCGCUACCCAACCACAUCCGCCACAAGAUCGUGGAGAUGGCCCACCACGGAAUCCGGCCCUGUGUCAUCUCCCGCCAGUUGCGUGUGUCCCACGGCUGCGUCUCUAAGAUCCUGUGCAGGUACCAGGAGACUGGCUCCAUCCGUCCUGGUGCCAUUGGCGGAAGCAAGCCCAAGCAGGUGACAACGCCUGACGUGGAGAAGAAAAUUGAGGAAUACAAAAGAGAGAACCCGGGCAUGUUCAGCUGGGAAAUUCGAGACAAAUUACUUAAGGACGCUGUCUGUGAUCGAAACACUGUGCCCUCAGUGAGCUCCAUCAGCCGCAUCCUGAGGAGUAAAUUCGGGAAAGGCGAAGAGGAGGAGGCUGACCUGGACAGGAAGGAGGCCGAGGAGAGCGAGAAGAAGGCGAAACACAGCAUCGACGGCAUCCUGAGCGAGCGAGCCUCAGCACCCCAAUCAGAUGAAGGCUCUGACAUUGACUCUGAACCAGAUUUGCCACUAAAGAGAAAACAGCGCAGGAGCCGAACCACUUUCACAGCAGAACAGCUUGAAGAACUGGAACGAGCUUUUGAGAGAACCCACUACCCUGAUAUUUAUACCAGGGAGGAACUGGCACAGAGGGCGAAGCUCACCGAGGCCCGAGUCCAGGUUUGGUUUAGCAACCGCCGUGCGAGAUGGAGGAAGCAAGCUGGGGCCAAUCAACUCAUGGCUUUCAACCAUCUCAUUCCGGGGGGGUUCCCUCCCCCCGCCAUGCCGACCCUGCCAACAUACCAGCUGUCGGAGACAUCUUACCAGCCCACAGCUAUUCCGCAAGCCGUGUCGGAUCCCAGCAGCACUGUUCACAGACCUCAGCCGCUUCCUCCGAGCACCGUCCACCAAAGCACUAUUCCUUCAAACCCAGACAGCAGCUCUGCCUACUGCCUCCCCAGCACCAGGCAUGGAUUUUCCAGCUAUACAGACAGCUUUGUGCCUCCAUCUGGGCCCUCCAACCCCAUGAACCCCGCCAUUGGCAAUGGCCUUUCACCUCAGGUAAUGGGACUCCUGACCAACCACGGUGGCGUACCCCAUCAGCCCCAGACCGAUUACGCUCUCUCCCCUCUCACCGGGGGCCUGGAACCUACCACCACGGUGUCGGCCAGCUGCAGUCAGAGACUAGACCAUAUGAAGAGCUUGGACAGUCUGCCAACAUCACAGUCCUACUGUCCACCCACCUAUAGCACCACGGGCUACAGUAUGGACCCUGUCACAGGCUACCAAUAUGGGCAGUAUGGACAAAGUGCCUUUCAUUAUCUCAAGCCAGAUAUUGCUUGGUUUCAAAUUUUGAACAUAUUGGACAAAAGCAGUGGAAGAAAGGAAGGCCUGGAACAGUGA